UUCCGACCAUCGCAGAGUCAUCGGAAUUCGAGAGGAAUCUGAGCACUGUGAUGAGGAAAUGUACGAGAAAAUCCAGGAUGGUGCACUGUGAAAUCCACUCUACUCCGUUGAAGGAAGUGUGGUAAUAGUCGAAUUGCGUUGGUGAACUACCCCCGGGAACCCUAGAGCUUAGGAGACCCUUUUUAGCCACCCCUUGGACUUGACUUGUGCCAGGGGAGGAUGUGGAAAAUGUUCAGCAUCCAUGUCCCUGCCUUCGGCCCUCGCUCGAGGUAGCUCGUGUAGUUUUGCACGAGUGUUAGCUUCCCGAGCCUCGAGCCUCGGCUGCUAUCGCUCUGUGUCGAGCUUUUUCGAGCCCGGAGCCCCUGCGAGUGCAAGACAUUCGGGACCGGAAUCUGGUUCGGAUUCGGGAGGGAAGAAGGAGGACGAGGAACAGGGAAAGCCUAGAAGGUCUCGAUUUCCUUCGAAGGUGUUGAGACCCGAGAGUCCCGUGCAUUGGAAUCUGUCUGAUACCAUGAAGAAAUCGGAUUCUAUUCCUGUAUUUUCCACCGUGAGCAAUCCGGACGACGCAUCGUCUGCGACCACCAAGCCCUUGAGUAUGUGGCCUGGUAUGUACCACUCUCCUGUGACGGCAGCUUUGUGGAAUGCGAGAUCCACAAUUCUGGAGAGAGCCUGGCUCGCUCCUUCUGAUGGCCCUCCGCAAACGACCAUUAUGACGAAGACUCCGGAAGAAAGCCGGACGAGUAUACUGUACGCUCUGUCUACUGACAAAAUUCUGCGAGAGCAGUAUAGGAAUCCUUGGCAAGGUGUGCGAAUUGGAAAACUAUUAGAAGAUCUCGAUGCACUCGCGGGCACUAUUGCUGUUAAGCACUGUGCAGAUGUUGACCACACAACUAGACCCUUGCUGCUGGUGACAGCUUCUGUAGAUAAGAUUAGCCUUUUGAAACCACUGCUGCUAGAUGAAGAUCUGAGAAUUGGCGGUGCUGUGGCCUGGGUUGGCCGGUCGUCAAUGGAAAUUCGGAUGGAGGUUAUUCAGCCCGUUACUGAGGAAGAAGCUACCGAGGAUGAUAUAGCUCUAAUUGCGAACUUCACUUUUGUGGCACGUGACUCCGUUACGAAGAAAGCUGCUCAAGUGAAUCGCUUGCAACCCGAGAGUGUUGCAGAGAAGAAGCUCUUUCAAGAAGGUGAGGGUAGAGAUGAGAGGAGGAAGGCCAGGAUGAAGGACUUGUCUGAAGGCAUGAGGGUUGGCAAAGUCCCCUACGACGCUCAAAAAAUGCAAGCGUUGCUCCGAGAGGGCCGUGUUCUGAUCGAGAUGCCCACUCUGGCUGAUAGGAACAGUAUCCUCAUUCGAGACACAAGGUUAGAGAAUGCCAUUGUUUGCCAGCCUCAACAACGUAACAUGCAUGGACGUAUCUUUGGAGGCUUCCUCAUGCGGCGUGCCUAUGAACUGUCAUACACGACUUGUUAUGUGUUUUGUGGGACCAAGCCAGUUUUCCUGGAGGUUGAUCACGUUGAUUUUCGUCGACCGGUAGACGUUGGGGACUUGUUGCGGUUCAAAGCCUGCGUUUUGUACACAGAAACAGACCAAAAUGGUGAUCCGUUAAUACACAUAGAAGUUGUUGCACAUGUCAUUCAACCCGAGGUACAGAGUAGUGAGGUUUCCAAUACAUUUUACUUCACAUUUACGAUUGAUCGGGAGCAACGAAAGGAUGGAGCUCCCCCCAUAUUGAAAGUCGUGCCCUCUGCUGAGGAGGAAGCUCGCGUUGUUCUCUCUCGAUUUGAUGCCGACCACCCAGUUUGCCAAUUAAAUUGUGCCACUCAAGAAACACGCGAGAUAGGGAGUCAUCCGAAGGUAUGUGUUUCCCUGCAAAGGGUUACAGAAUGAGGUGGUCCUCGUUAGAUCUGAAGGCACUGAGUGUUAAGGUAGACAUAAUCAUAGUUGUCAGGAGAGCUUAGAAAUAUACUUAGGUUGUUAUCAUACCUCGAGUAUGGUGCCACAAAGGUUCUCUCAAGCUCUUGCGAUGACUUUUAUUGACCGCCGAAAAGACCAGUCACUUUUUGCAUGGACGAGCGAACUGGUAAAGGAUGUCCAAUAAAAGAAGAGGAUGGAGCACAGCUAAAGCCUUGUAGGUAAGUAAGUUCAAGAGAGCACAUUGCAUAUUCUUGACUCCCACAUUUUAGAUUGUGGGAUAAUAUAAAUUUAUACGUUUAACGAUGUAGGAAAGGGAGAACGUGAAUCACUCAAGCCAAUAAGUGCCCAGUAAGAGAUCAUGGUAUCCGAAUCAUAAUCUGCAGGCCCUCAGUAUCUAGUUUCCAUAAAGUUAGUUUUACCGCUGUAGAGUGAUACUCGGGUCCGCGGAGUCUCGGUUAUCACUACACUGGGAGUCACGGUGUGGAAGUGAAAACACGAAAAGAUUGCAUGAUUUUCUGUGGAGUGAUAUACACUGCGUGUUUUUACACGUUGUGUAUUGACGUCGAUGGAUACUUUCUACUCAUCGGGGCAUAUGACAAAAGACUUUCUAUUCUGAAGGAAGUUUAUUGCCCAGAGGAAUAAACGCAGAACGGAAUCCCGAUUUGGAAAGAUGAUAAACUCCAGUCGGACUAGAGUAAUGGAUAUCUUGUUUGUGUUUGCUCGGAAGCAAUUCAAUGUACUAAAGUGGAACUUUACACUUUUAGGCGGAACUCUGUGAGGGCACAGUCCCACCUCAAGGUUUUGAUGCAUGAUGAAGAAUCUCUGACAAAGUCAAAUGAUGAUUCAAAGUUAACCGAACUGGCUCCACCUGUGGUUUCUGGAACAUCAUAGUGAAGAACCCACUCAAAAUGUGCACCGGUGCGACCUCAUGAUUUCUCACCCAUAUGAUCACAACACAUGUCUACGUAGACCUUUACGUGCUCUUUUAAAAUUGCAAACGUGGUUUCCCAUUUUAUUUAGUCCAUCCUCGAGUGCGGCGAUCUGUUGGCACUCCACACCGGCUGGGGAGAGUGUACACUAAGUAGGGUUAAUUCGUAGAUAGAUGGAUUAUGGGCCAUAAUCCAUAAUCCAUCAAAGCCAUGGGCCAUAAUUUAUGGCCCAUGACUUUGAACUCAGGGCAAUCUAUAUGAUAUGAGACUUAAGAGUUGUUCUGAAAGAAUUAAUAUAAACAAUUCAUGUUGCCA